UUUAAAGAGACUCUUCUUAUUUUUGUUACCCUUGUUGUCUCCAUUCGAAGUCGUCCUGCCAGCAAUCCUCAUACCCCUUGUAUACAAGUCGAUGAAAGUACCAAGGAUUUGGUAUCAGAAAUGCUGCUAUUAGUAGGCAAUCUAAGUAAAGACGUCACAAAGAGCAAGAAACAAAUUGUAAGUAACUUUUUGAUGUAAUCCAAAAAGGGAUUCAUUUUCACCAGUUGUGAGUCUUCGUAAGUUACGAAACAUUGUUGUCAUUUUUUCCUUUUCUGACAUUUCAGAUUGGUUAGUAUAUGAGGCUAGGAUAAGUUUUGUUUUUAUCUCGAUGUAAAAGUAGCACUGCGAAACGAAUAGUUUUGCUUCUGCAAUGUACUCUAAUAGAAAAAUCACGGAUUAGAAUGACUUUUUUCUUGCUGUCAAGGGACGGGCAAUUUGUCAAUAGCCUAAUUCACACAUGAGUCUCAGGUCAGUUCAUUUCUAAGGGUGUACGAUAAUCGAGGCGAAUUUCAAAGCAUUUUCUAUUUGUGAAUGUUUGACCUAUAUUAUUUUUUAGCCAAAAAAAAUAAAUCUUCAGCAAAAUUAAUUGCGAUUGAUACCGGUGUUACCAAAAAAUAAGAGCGAGAAAAAGAAAACUAAGCAUACCAAGAUGAACACAUCGAGGAAAUUUAAACUGUGUAGCAGCUUUUUUUACCUUUAACAUUAAAUUUUCAAUCUCAGUGUUUUAGACUUUGAUUAUAACAUUUGCUGGUUUAGUAGAAUCAAAAUCAGUUUACUUUUUUUAUUGAGAUUUAAUACUGUGGAAAAGAGACUUUUUUGGGGUGAUGAAUUCAAGGACAAUAUAAUCAGUGCUUGUCGAACUACUUAUACUGACACCAAGUGGAAAAAAAAUUUCGGUGUUUGUUUUAUUUUUUAUUACUGCACACGUUAGAAAAAUUUAAGCAAAUACUGCUUGAAGAGAAUUUACUUCUAUUACAUCUGUUUGUUUUUUGCAGAAUGCCAAUUGGCUAGUCCCGAAGCACAGUGGGACAAACUACCCCAUCUACAUAACUUGGUCACAGCGAGAUGGCGAUAAUGUACGAAAAAUUACAAAUGCUUAACAGUUGAUUGUCAUGAGAUUUAAAGUACACAACUUCAUCAAAUAAUUGAUUGAUCAAGUUAUUUAUUGGUAAAGUUGCAUAAGUAUAUCCUAGAAUUAACAUCAAAAGUUUCGAUAUUCUCAACCGGCUUCACCACUUCAACAGAAGAACCAUUAAAGAAGCACUAUUUCCAUACUCUGAAUGUUAACUGACAUGUAUCUCAAAUGACGUCGUGCACAUGAAAAUUACCGUUUUUCUUUUCUGACCUGCAGAUACAAUCGCGCUUGAAAAUCGAUCACUGCAUUGUGAAGUCAUUCGUACCAUUGCUUCACUGCGCAAUAGAAGAAUUUCGUAACGUUUCCAACUCAAAAGGCAUUGUUCACAAGCUAAAAGACUUAAAGUGGGAUAGCAAGAAAGUCAUCCGACAUUUUCAAGAAGCAAGGGAGUCACUGUUGUUGGUGAGGAACUAUCAAUAAAAUCAUAAAAAUCCUCUUUUUUGUUAAUAUUGUUUUGUCGUGAUUCUUAUUUCUCGAAUGAAAAGGGCCUAUGUUCCGAAUAAUACAGUCACGUCAUUUCUAACAGACUGUGCGUAUGCGGAGAGCGCUGACCUUAAUGAAGAGAUGUACUUUUUGUAUUCCCGAGCUAGAUACAAAGACAGACAGACAGCAGGUAGACGGCUAUAGAUAGACAGACAGACAGACAGUUAGACGGUCAGAAAUAUAAACAGACAGACAGAUAGAUAGACCGGCUGUAACGAAAGAUAUAUAGACUAAAAGCAAGGAAACAUCAACGGUUGCUCGCAGUCUAUCCCCUUUCAAUUACUAGGCUCUUGCUAGUGUUUGUAAUUAAAUUGUUAAUACUGUUUAUGUUUUGUUUGUUUUUUUCAGCCGCAAGCAGCCAAUCAAACUACAGUCAGCAUUUGCGCCACACCCACUUGCACCGUUCGUUCCCAUGGUGCACUGGCAAGUGGAAGACGCUUGAUUGACAUGGCAGUAAGUCAUGCCAAUACUAUUUUAGUAGAAAUAAAAGGAAAACUUCUGUCUGACGUUCAACCCGACUUGGAAAAAUUAAAGAAACAGCUCUGUCCCUGAAUCAGUGCGACAUUUAAAGAACCAUAUUUAAGACGGCGAUUUAUUUAUAUUGGCUAGUUAAUAUCAUCUUUCAAAAGGCGCUUGAGUAAUUUACUUUUAAGGUUAUUGUACUUUUGAUUUAGCUCAGGCUUUAAAGAGCUGAGACCCAGAUGCAAAUUUAAAAUCUUUUUUCCUUCUUAGCUUUUUUAAAAAAUCUUGCAUCUAUGUCAGAUUGCAAGAUUGACUCUAGAAGAUAACAGCAGAAAAUAGCCUAAUCAAAAUAAUAUAACAUAUUUAUUUUCUUUACUGUUUAAAAAACAAGCAGGAGUGUAUUAUCGGGUUUAAAAAGUCGAACCUAUGUCCAGAGUUUUUAAACCUGAUAAUACACGACUGGGAGUAUUUUGAACAGCUUCAAAAUCUCUCAUAUUGAUCAACUCAUUCCUGCACCAAUACCAAGAUUUGGGGUUCUUUUGGUCUAAAAAAUUGGACGUGUUUAGCCGUGUCUUUAUCAGAUAUAAAGACACUCUUUAAUUGUUGAUUUCUUUCUUUACUUUCUUUUAUGAAUUAUUAAUGGUUUUUGAAUUAUCAGUUUAUGUUUUUAAGUUCUUUAUUGCUCAAGUAUUAUUUUAUCCUCUUGCUUUUGUGAUGUUUCAAUCGAAAUACUAUAAAAUAAUUACUUUAUUUAUCAAUUUGUGUUUUUAAGUUAUUUCUUCUGCAAGAAUUAUUGUUUAUGUAUUUAUCCAGCUUCGGUAUGAUAUAUAAUACAAGUGUACUCCCUUUGGGAAAUGAUAUGUUAUAUUACAUUAAUAUUGCACAGCUAUCGAAAAAAUCGGGUAGGAUUGACAUGAACUUCAAAAUAUUGCCAGAUUGCCGUUUUGGCGUCAAAAUUUUAAGUAUUUGAUUUGUUCACUGAAUGGAAAAAAAGGCUUUUUCAGAGAAUCUCGAUUGACAACGCACAAACAAAAAUAAGACGAUGUAGAUAUUUUAGUCUCAGUUAAUGAAUAUGUAGGUGAAAUAAAAUCAUACAGUUUUUGCAUAUAAUGUUCGUUUGUUGAUGCAAUAUAGUUAAUUGGAUGUACAGCAUGUAAUUACUUGUCCUUGGGCAGCAGCAGGAGGCAGUAGUAGCCAGCCUAGCUUCCCUCGGUUAGAUAGUGCCCCUUUAUGGGCCUUGAAGUCCUUUCAGUAGAUGUAUUAGCCCCACGCUUCUUGGUGGCCUGGUCCCUGCAAAUUGGAGAACUGCCGUUGGCAUCCUCUGAAUGGGUUCAUAAAUAUUUCCUCCGUGUCAGUAAUAUUCAUUUCAUUCAUUUCAUUUAAGGUAGUUGAAAAGGCUGCGCAAGAACUUCUCGUCCAUUGCGAAAAAGUACCCCCGGGUUCUUUCUUUAUUUUACUCCCUCUUCUGUAAUUAUCACUCUACAAAGGUUACUCUAAUGAAGGUUCAAAAGGACAAUGAGCUUGUAACACCCUCAUACUUUUGAAGCUUAGUGCUUUUGAUACCACUGAGCACUCCAUUCUUCUGAAUAUCUUGCAACAGGAUUUUGGAGUCCUCCCCUUUUUAAGAUGGUUUAAUUCAGCUCUAUCUGGUGUCUAAGAGCGUAUUCUUAUUUCUUUAAUCUCAACUUCAGUGUUAUUUUGGAACUAAAUAACAGCAGCUCUUCAGUGUCCUCUGUUAGGAACAGCUUACUAUUAUUCCCCAUUUGUCGAUAUUCACGACACAGCGUUUAACCCUAGACCUGGCCAGACAUGCAUCUAAAUCAGAAUUGGUCUUAAAGUUGACAUAUAGUUGUGUAACGUCGGCAAAGAAGUGAAAUUGGUGAGGUGAGACUUGAUGAUGUCAGCGAUGGGCUCAAAACCGACCACUGAGGUACCCCACAGGUUGGGGUUUGCUUAAGGGUAACAUAAAUUCAACGGUAGAUUUCAGGGAAAAGCAAGGUUUUGUUCGUAAAGAAUCGAACUAAAACGCACUUACGACAAAGAUACGCUGCCACCACGCAAACUCGUCUGCGAGGUGAGAGUCACACUGACAAAUUGAAGAUACUGGUCCAAAUUGCUUUAGUUUGCUCUAAAAUACUUUCACCGUCGACAUUGUCCGCCAAAAGCAUUCAUUCAUCGCCAAAGUGGCCACAAAAACCAUCAAAGCAACGGACCACGUUUGUCACUUGAUGACAUGGGACAUCAACUGAUUUUCAGAAAUAUCGACCGGCCGAGUUAUCAUGCCGCUAUGAUUCACGCGCAAUUCGCGCCUUUCCCGCCCGAAAAAAUUAUAAUUAAAAGCUCUGCCUCUCGAGGAAUGCUAAAUUAGGUUUUAUUAAUAAAACAGUUUACUUAGUAAAAAAGAAAAAUGAACCUUUUUUUAAAGAAAAAUGGAAAUUUGAAAAGCAUGACCGCCAAAACUCGGUUGCCAUGGCGACGUUAAUUUUGAAGUAUUACGUCACGAUGCCUUUAAAUUUUUUCCAGAAAAAUGUAAGAAAAAUUCGCUUAAGUUGGUGGUCAUAGCUUACGGUUUUGAAGUUAUUAUUCAAGUCAAAGUUUAGGGGGGCCUCAAAUUAUAUAGCCAUCGGCGGGUCCUAAAAGACUUAGGAGCAUAGUUUUCAAUGACGUCUUGACUAAACAGAGCUACAAUAGGUGAGCUUAGGUCAUAUAAGGCCCUCCUUUUUGUCAACCAUCACUCAAAUAUUAAAAAAAAGAUCAAAAUAAGAUAAUAUCUAAUUCCGAAGGCCCAGCGGCGGCGGCCAUAAGAACUGAAUAUUCAUGGUAUAAUAACUUGCCAAAAGAAACUUUCCUGAAAACCUUCCAGCAGCAUCCGAACUAAACGAAAAUAUUUAACUGCAGGCCAAUAGGACAUGGGGAAUUCCUCUGUAACUAAGGAACUGCGAAGGGGUUCUCCUGUGAACGUUUUUGUAGCUGUGCUAAUAGGCUGCCCCUGGGAGUGAAAACAAUAUUUAUGAUCAAAUUUUUUCCUUUUAAACGUACGCAUGCGGAGAGAUCAAAGAGGUCUGCACAGAUGGAAAGAAGAUAAGCAUUUUGUCAUAACUCAUCUCUUUCCUUGUUUUAGAGGGUUCAGAUCAACAAAGUGAGUGGUAAAACAACCAAUAAAAUAAUAUGCUGUUGUGAAUUACAUAUUCGCACAUCCCGACUAAACGUUACACAAGCGGACAACUCAAACAAUCGUUGGAAUUCUAGCUUGCAUGGGUGAAUAGACUUUUACUGUUGAAAUUACACCGAAGCGGUCGAUAAUAACUUGUUGGAAAAUUUAUAAACCAUAAAAUUUCUCAGAGUCAGAGCACAUCUUUCAUCUUCUUCAUCUUAGAUCCAACAACAGUACUGUACGUCUGGUACAGCAUCAUGCCGACGGUGAUGCAAUGUAACAUUGUAGUCGGGAUUUGCCCCUUCUGAGAUGAAUAAGUGAGUUCCUAGACGCGAUAUUUUGUGUACUUUACUUUAUUUUUAGAUUUAAAAGAAUAUCACAGCGAUGUAUUUUUUUGGCAAAAAUUUUCGUACUACGAGAGAGAUUUGUGAUCGCAGAAAGGAGGUGGAGGGGGUAUCAAGAAAGAAAAUUGAAGCAGAAAAUGAGACAUGGCAUUGUUGUCUGCAACACGUAUAAUUUUUUAUCAUCCCCAAUUUUAUUUCAGUAUCUAAAAUAUUUUAAUUUAUCAAAAUGCAUAACCGGGUUCCUCUGGGCGUAGCUUAAAACAAAGCUUGUACGCCAGCUUGUGCCUGACAUCACGUGGAUGGUUAAUGCACUGACCUACCAACUGUUGCCUGAUUCAUCGAGUUCACAUUUUUGGAAAUGAUUGAAGACACUGUGAUACUGUAUGUUGUCUACGAUCAGAUUAUUUGCAUACUACAGCUUUUGUCAAAGAUGACUUUUGAAACAUAGGUUAAUUUAAGUUAUAAUAUACGUUAAUAUAAGUAUAAUAAAUAACAAAAGUAACAAAAUUAUGGUGCAAUUUAGCGCGCAUAAGCGUGCAAGCGAUGAAAAAGAGCUGUUGAAGUUAAAAUCCGGGUUAAAUAACAAUUAUUCACCAAAGUGGAGGUCGCUAGUGGUGCAUUUACCGAGGCCGUGAAGCGGCGAGGGAUAUAUCCACCACUAGCCACUGAUACUGAGGUGUAUAAUUGUUUUAGUAUAUACUAAAACAGUAAGAUAUUUCAGCACAAAAAUGAUGAUUUUUAACUCAUUUACUGUUGCCAACGAUUACAAUUUUGGCGCGCAAUGACCGAACGGUCGCAGUCGUCGCUUUUUCUCGCCGACAAAUGAAACUUUUGAAGGCAUUUGUUCCGGGCAUUUGUUCAGCUCUUGCGUGAAACUUCUUCAAAAGGAGUUGUGAAUUCUUUUUGUAUUUAAAAUCAUUCUGUAAAAAAGAUUAUUAAAUUUAGUUUUAAGCUUAUUUAUGAACGAGUCAACUAAAUAUAGUACUGCAAGACUUAAGCUUAAUUUGCAUAUGUAAACAAAAAAAAACUUUUUCAUCGGUUUUAUCGAUAAAUUCAAGUCAAAACGACAAAGCUUUACCUGUUAAAACUUCCAAACCAAAGUUUGUCACCUUCUUCGUGUAUUUCGGGAACAGCUUGCUUGAUUAGUUGUGAAAUUUUUUGUUUGUGACGGCAGCAAACCGGGAAGGCAUUUUGCUCGCAACUUACGCGAGUUUGGCGUCGCAAGCUCGGAGAACGAGGGGUGAAUCAGUGAAUAGAGCAGGAUAUUCACUGAUCGAGUAGUCAAUCAGAGCGCGCAAAAAACACUGUCCACUGUUGUAGUAUAUACUAAAUAAAAUCACACACAGUCACUGAAACAGCUGGCUCAGCACUUCAGUGAUAUUGGGGAAGUAUGAAAUACGCCUUUUUCUGACAUACGUGUCAUUUGGAGCUUUGUGGUAUAUAUUAGAAUUCAAUAUUUUAUUUUAUUGCGUGUGUUAUCAUGUAUCAUUCAACAACCUACGUGUACCAAAACAGAGUUUAAAUCUAAUAAUAAUCCAUGAUAAUGUCGUUACAGGUGUAACAGCUGCUCAUCAGACGAUUUAACGACUGAAGAUGCUGGCCGGAAGGAUGACUGGAUGUAAUAUCUGACAAAGCAUAUCAAUCAAUGAAUCAAAUUUGUAUUAGGAUCUUUCUUUCGAAUUUUUCGAAUUUCCAAAUCAUUUUACGAGUUUUCAACAUCAAAGGAUCCUUAAACCGUUGCAUUGAAUUCAACUCCUAGCCAGAUGACCGUAGAAAACUCCCUACGAUAUUGAAUAACUUUGAGGCUGGCCGAGAAUAAGCUGAUUAUUAUACAGCAACAUAUAAGAAGGACUGAGACUUUAGCAGUGGGAAAGUAUCUAGUUCUUUAUACCCCUACAAUAUCGGGAUAUUAUUCUCGGCCUUCUUUCUUAAUCUGUAAUUUUUACAAUGAUGGACAAAUAAGAAGCAGAACUACUGGAUGGUGCAAAUACCCUAUCUAACCAUUGUUAUCGAUGCUAUCAUGUCCGUCAAACUGGUCACUACAAUAAUACCGAAUACCGCUCAGGUUGAAGGGUGCAUUGUCGAGAAAAAUAACUAGAAAUAGAAUUGCACCUUCAAAAAUUCACCAAAGUGAAUGGAUGUUCAUUUGGCGAAACUUCCCAUUAUAUUCUUUCUCUUCCUUGACACAGGCAGACAUGACACUUGGUGAAGAACCCACGGAAGAGAGUGGCUGUCGAAAGAAAGGGGAACCCAUCUCGGACAUUAACACGGUUGGCCAUUUAAUCUGCUUUUAUUCCAAGCAAUAAUUCUACAUGAAUAGAAACAUUCAUUGGGUAACCAUGCACAUGUGUUUCUUCCCCAUCAGCCUUUUUCCUAAUCAGAGGUUUUACUUCCAUCGUCCCGUCGCUUGAUGUCAGCUCAUAUUAUCAUAAUUAUGAAUAGAAAACCCUCUCUUAAGCAUAUGUUAAGAUGAGAAAGUUUAAAAUAUGAUUUCCGAUGUAAAAGAAAGAAACUACCCAAAAAGACAAGAAAUUUGCGUUUUAUACCACUUCCUCAGCAACGAGGUACCAAAAAGGUUUCAGAAAUGGGGAGCGGAACAUGAUUCCAGCUCAGAGUCAGGCAGAAUCAUUUUUUUAAAUUAGAAAUUUACAAAUUCACGAUGAUGGGUAUAUAAAGGGAUCCCUUCUGGUAGACUUUUAAGAACUUAAGUUCACAUUCACGAGAGAGAACAAAGACUUGUGGAUCAAAAAGGUCGUUACAGAAUGAAAAGUAAGUAGCCCAUCUAAAUUUGAUACGUUUGUUGACACGUUUGCUGAUACGUUUAGGAGGGGGUGGGGGGCAUAGCCAACAGGGCUACAAAUCAACUCGCUUUUCUGUAUAUUCCCUAUUGGUUGCUAUCAUUCAGUCAGGUUACAUCAUUUGUCUACUUAAAGUUGUUUCAUCCAUCCAUCUGUCCAUCACUCAUCCGUUCGUUCAUUCAUCAUCACUCCUUCAUUCAUUCAUUCAUUCAUUCAUUUCUUCAUUUAAUUUUUUUCAAUUGACUUAUUAUUUCAUUCAUGUAAGUUUAACUUCUUCAAUCAAUUUUACCCAUCUUUCUAUCUAUUCGUCCACCAUUUCUUAUUUAUUUAUGUCUCUCCUUUAAUUCAUUGUGUUUAUCUUAUCAUUUGUUUUUUAGUCUUGACUACGGCAAUUUGUGUUUUGAUUAAUCUACACUUGACUGUAGCUGCAACAAAAUGUCAACCCAAUGUACAUCUAGAGUUGGAUAACCUGGCGUCUGAGGUGUAUAAAACAAAGAACAUCAUUGUGAGUAUCAAUGCUUUCCGAUGACGUUGUCAAGACUCUCAAAUGAGAAGAGAGAUUCCAUCCCACCAAUAAAUUUUAGAAAGGUCAUAGUUGGUUUUGUUUAAGUUAAGGCUGCUUUUUAGUCCCUAUGACGUAAAUAUUUGUAUUAUGUUUACUGAAAGAAUUCAGUAGUAGAGCAAAUUCUUCUGAAGAAUUUUGCGUUUUGAACAAAAUGUGAUUUUUUAGAAAUUUUUAAGCCAAAAGUUCUUUCGCACCCCUGUUCCGCUGAUCACGAAAUUGACAGGCUCAUAUCAUGAUGACGUCAUGGGACACAAAUUUAGGAACUAAGAAUGGGAUUUUAUGCAUGCUUUUCCCUUUCUAAGGGUGGCUACUGUUGUUGCCUUUAACGGGGUACUGAAUUCUCAGUUAAUUCGGCCAAUGGUCUGUCAACUACUUCAUCGAUAAAAGACGAACGUUGUGCCAAAAUAGCCGCAAAUUUAAAUGUUUCAAAAAAAAAAUUCUAAAAAAAAUCACACUGUGUUAAAUUCUCGCAGAGGUUAUCGUAGUAAUCGAUACUUUCAAUUAAAGGAUAUAAAUUUAUAGGUCACGGUUACAAGUAACAACAUUAGACAUUUCUUUGAGUCUUAAGGGCAACUGAGUAAGUCCCCGAUACUCGUCAGUGGGAGUGUAAGUCGUAAAAGUAACUUAUGUUUCCCUGUAUAUAUUUCAGGAUGAACUCUGGGACAAAGACCAAAAAUACAGAUUAUCAGAUAUUCAGAUAACCACAUUCGUCUCUUCAAAAAACAUGAAGAAAACAACGGUGAGAUAAUUGAUUAAUUUCAUUUUACCUCAAGUAAAAUAAAAAACUAUUUCUUUUAUACUGAUUUUAUUAUCGUCCGUUCAGAACGUAAAUGAGAGGUGUUUAAUAGCGUUAUGAUCUACACAGUCUUCGUUACGACUUAUCGUUUUCUCUCUGAAUUGCAAUCAUUCCGCAGGUGUUUUUUUAUGUUUAACUUCUUUGCAUGACGCAACCUUUUAUUUUACAAAACAAUAUGUUUAACAUUUUUAAUAUAAUCAAAGUUAAUUUUUGUAAUUCAAACGUUAUGCCUUCACAGAGCAAACUGGAAUUAAGCCGACAAAUUGUGAAGGCCUUCAUUUCACAUCUAAGGAAGUUGAGAAAGCAAUUCUCCGCCUUCUCAGACGCCAAUAAUAUUACACACCGUCUGCAAAGAAUAGAAUGGAUUGCAAAGAAUGUCAUUUAUUACAUCCAGGAAAUUCAGGGGGCGCCUAAGGUAACUUAAAGACAUCCCCGUUGUAGCUCAAAAUGAUCAAUUGCUCAAACAUUUUCGUCCAAAGUUAGAGCGAUUUUCGUAUGACCUUGAAAUGAAAACGCGCGAACAAAACAUAAACAACAAACGAACGGAAAUAGAGCGAUUUGAUUGGUUUAUCGAACGGUUACAAACGCGCGUGGCUUUUGGUUGGUUAAGCGAACGCUCGGGUGAAAAAACUUCAUUCCCGAUAACCUACUAGAAAUCAACCGUUACCUCAUUUUGACGUCAUAUUUCAACACGAUUGGCCAAUCGAAUAAUGCCUUUUCCAUAUCAGGGUUUUCUUUGGCGGGAAGACGAAGAGGCCAUGUUUUAAUCUUUUCAUCCAUUGGCUGAUAAAACAAACGAACGACCACUUACCGAAACCAGUUUUCAACGUCAUAGGAAAAUUGCUUAGAAGAUUAAUUUUCUGAGCAGUAGCGGCUGAUCUAUAUGGGUGACCUUUACAAUGGAGAUCCAAAUUAAGGCGAACCAGCGUGGGAAAAGCCUACACAAACUGGACGCCAUCAAUGAGUGAAGAUCCGUAUCAAAAGUCAAUGAAUAUACUUAUUAGGUUAGCUGAAGUUGGUAUCAUCUUAGUUUAUGCAACUUCAAGCGACUGAGCCCAAUAGGUUUUUUUCAAAAAGCAAGUAACGUAACUAGAAGCUAAUUGUAUUGAAACUAAAAGUAACUUACUCACUGUGUCGUGUAAAAAAAAAUCCUUGUUCCUUUGCAGCCUAGAAAUACAGAUACAGAAGUUAUCCGUCCGACCAAAAUUACUGCCAUCAAAAAUACGAGCAGUUCGAGUAGUGGCAUGGUUACUGCUCAGAGCUCCGCUGCUACAGAGCAGGCAAGAGUGCCGGUGACAUCUUUACAACUUGAUGAAAUAGCUGUGCAAGCAUCUGCCUUAUUGAAAGAUAUAGACAGCAAAAUUCUUGAUAUGCGAGUGGAUUUAAAAAUUCUCGUUGCAGGUUGUACAUCUAGAAUGUAA